UCCACACAAAAACAUUUAUUAGUGUCAAAUUUCCUUCCCUUAUAUAAUGCCUUAAUUCUUCACUACUUGUACUUCACUGGCUCUCUCUCUUCUAGAUUACUCUUCUGUAGAAAUUUUGUCAUAAAAGAAAAGGGAAAAAAAAUAUCAGAUCGAAGUGGGUCAGAAUGAGCUGCAACGGUUGCAGGGUACUACGAAAGGGUUGCAGUGACACAUGCGUGCUGAGAUCGUGCCUGCAAUGGAUCCAGUCCCCAAAAGCACAAGGCAACGCUGUCUUGUUCCUCGCCAAGUUCUUUGGCCGCAGCGACAUCAUUGCCUUCGUCUCCGCCGUCCCCGAAACCCAAAGACCAGCUUUGUUCCAGUCCUUAUUAUUUGAAGCAUGUGGGCGUACUGUGAACCCAGUGGACGGAUCGGUGGGACUCCUAGCACGUGGCAAGUGGCACGUGUGCCAGACGGCGGUGGACACGGUGCUUGCUGGAGGUACUCUGACUCCUUUAACGGAGUUUGAGACAAUCACUAACGGAAUUUUCCAUGACACAACAUGCAAUCCGUACCUUCCAUUUACGGCUUUCAUGCAAGAUGCUCAGCCAUCCGAUCCUGCUCUCACUCUCUCACUGGGUCCUAAGAAGAACACCACCAACCCAUGGAAUGGUUAUCCGAGAGCACUGAAGCAGCGCAUGAUGGCGGCGGCAGACACGAUGUCGUCCUCUUUUAGCUCUGAGGCCUCCGAGAUGACUAGCUUUGGAAGCUCUGGGAAUGAUCAGAAGAAGGUUCUCAAUUUGUUUGUCUGAGAGAAAGAGAGAGAAAAUUAGAGAUAUGGGGUAGUUUUGUCUAUUUGAUGAAAUAGCGCACAGUUUGGCUUUGAUACCAACUGAUGCCAGAGUAGUAAUAAUGGAGAACCUUUUUAGUCAGAUACCGGAAAAUUUUUUUCCCGGUGAGUUUUUGGUUUUUUUGACAAAUUUU